GACAAGAGGUCGCCGGGAAAGACACACCCAAACUGCCACCUGGAGGAUACUACAUUUGCUCUGCAGGGAGUGAAAUGGCAACCAAGGAACUUGAAAGGCGGGCUAGAGAUGCACUUGACCAUGGCGAACUUGACAGAGCUGAGGACCUGUUCGCUCAGGCUCUUAGAUUAGUCACGGAAACUGAUAUCAGUAACCACAGUGACCAAAUCAGACCCUUGGUGGGACUGGGCAAUGUUUAUGAACAGCGCCGCGAUGCGGAAUCUCUUGUAAAAGCAGCUGCACUGUUCAAUGCAGCCUUGGCCCGUUGCAACGACGAACUUGAGCGAGUUAAAAUUCGAGGCAAAAUAUCCGAAACAGGAAUCAACUUUGUGCGUAAUGUCUGUCAAAAGGUUUGCACCAAGCCUCGUGAACAAGAAGUUGAAAGAGAAAGCCAUAUUUCAACGCUAACCGGCCUCAGAAAUGAGUGCAAAGAAGCCUUGUCUGCUCUGUCACCGAUCCAGGGUGACAACCCAAGUGACUAUGUCCAGCGGGCCAAUGACGUGCACACCUUACACGUCAAGAUUGCGGCAGAAAUAAGAGCGAUGGUCAAGAAAAUGGUCGAAGAGUGCAUGGCUGUUAUAGGUCCGCCGCCAUGUCAGCACGCCGUCAUCGGAUUAGGUUCACUAGCUCGCGAGGAAACGACGCCAUAUUCUGAUCUCGAGUUCGCUAUCCUCGUAGAAGAGGGCUGCGACUCUGGGCCACAUGUAGCAUACUUCAGGCUCCUGACACACUAUCUCCAACUGAAGGUUGUCAAUCUCGGAGAAACGAUUCUUCCAGCCGUGGGGAUCAGAUCCCUUAACGACUUUUAUUCAGGAAAUCCACAGGACGACUGGUUUUUCGACGAGGUUACGCCACAAGGGUUUGCGUUCGACGGCGCAAUGCCGUGGGCUAGCAAGGUACCUACAGGUAGGCACAAGACCGAGGAAAAAGACGCCCUCGAGCUGAUCCGAACUCCGAAGAACAUGGCAGUCCUGCAGGCAGAAGAGACUGCUGUAAAGGAAGGAUACCACCUACCUGAUGUGCUGAGCUCUGUGGUGUUGAUAGCGGGCCAGCAAGAGCUAGUGCAAGAAUACAGGCAUGAAAUGAUGGCCAUUCUCACUGCACCAACUAAGCUGCACGUUAGCGUACAAGAGAAGGGAAGCAGAGAAGAAGUGUCAGUCAGUCUACACAGAAUUUCCCUCAACGAUGAUCCAAAGACACAUGAUACAACCCGGCCGCUACGAUCUGUUAUGGAACAGCGAGCGGUAAAGGCUUUGGUUGCUGACAUUGAAACUUACGAUGACAGGCUUUCAAAUCUGGACGAAAGUGGAAAACUGCUCCACGUCAAGAAAGAGAUCUACCGCUUGCCGAGCACACUACUGGAGGGGCUUGCCAGGUUCUACGGCAUCAUGUCAUGUAGUUCGUGGGAGAGAAUUGAAGAGCUGCAGAAGAAGGGAGUGUUGAAUGCGAAAGCUGCACAGAAUCUAAAGGUGGCAGUUGCGAUUUCUAUGGAGUUACGACUGAAAUGCUAUUUGAAACACGGUUCACAAAGGGGUUUGAUGAAUACCACUGUUCCAUUGCAAAUCAAAGAAGAAGAACGCACUGAAGUACUGUUUCACGUUGAAGACCCGGGCCUACUGGUGGCGUUUUACAGCGUGCUGUUGAGUCUGAGGGAGGCAAUUGAAGAAGCACUCUGUGAUCCUUUCGAGGAGUUCGCGAACACGUUGUCGAAGAUGUUGUCUGGGAAUCUCGUGGAUAAUGGACCGAAGACCAAAGGCCUGGUGUACAGUAAGCUACUGCAGUAUCGUACCAGCCUUGAGUAUUUCCGUCAGGCUGAUAAAGAAAACCCUGGCGACACUGCCGUGCUGGAUGCCACGGGUAACCUCCUUCACUUCAUGGGGACGUUUCAGGACGCCCUGCAAACUCACCAAGCUUCAUUAGACGUGAAACAACGCACUGAUUACUUGAACUUACCGGAAAACAUCGCCAUGUCGCGCAUGAUGAUUGGACGUGACCUUCUAGCUUUGGGCAGAGCUGACGAAGCUGUAGAACACCAGAGGAAGGCCCUCGAACUGCUAAACGUUCGGACGUUAGAAGAUCGCCCGGCAAAGUUUUCUGCAACGUACAUCAACUUGGGUUUAGCUUUGGAAAAUUCAGGCAAGUACGUCGAAGCAGAUGAAUGCUAUCAGAAGGUCAUAGAGAUUUUGAGGAUGAGUCGAGGUAACCCUCUUCUAGCCAAAGCCAUCAACAAUAGAGGGAACGUCGCCAGCAAACUUGGGAAAAGGAAGGAUGCAUUGAUGUUCUACAAGAAAGCGUUGGACAUGCAGUUUAGUAUUUUCGGGAGGGACACAGCUCACCCGGACAUAGCUAUUGGAUACAACAACAUCGGGACUAUCUACUUGGCAAUGGGUGAAGACGACAUGGCAUUAGAGGCCUUACAACGAUCGCUGUACAUCAAACGUCAACUCCAUGGCGAAGAAAAUGACCACCCAAGCAUAGCAGCUAGCAUGGUCAACAUUGCCGCCCUUUUUCAGCAGAUGGACAGACAUCGGGAAUCGCUGAUCAUGAGCGAAUCUGCCGAGAAAAUGUUAGACAGACUGGGACAAACUCAGGGUGUAGACAUGGCAACAGCGAUGGGCGUUACAGGGAUAUCACUUGCUACCUCUAAGAUGUACAAGAAAGAGAAUCAAGAGGUCUAG